AUGGAUCCCUUCAGCCUCACCCUCGGUGCUCUUGGAAUCACAGAAUUCGCUUUAUCCAGAAUCAGCAACCUCCGGCGUCUUAUCAAUAGCCUUAGCGAAGCGAACGAUGUGAUGCAAGAUGUUACAUCUAACUUGGAAGCCAUAGAGCGCCCGCUUGCCGCUCUCGAGAAUCUUCAGAUUUCUGAUAGCACGACUUAUGCCGAAACGAGAGAGGUGUUGGAGAAGACUGGUGUCGCUGAAGCCGUGAAUAUAUGCGGCCAGGCAUGCGCCGGAUUCACAAAGAAGCUUGAGCAAUGGACAAAGCAUUCCAGUUCCACGAAGCUUUCUCUGAGGGAUCGGCUGUCAGUCGGCUUAUGGAACAAAGAAAAGAUCCAGACAUUCAGGACGCAGGUCGCUACUUGUCAGGCUAUUGUCCAGUUCGCCAUCGACAGCGCUCAGUUGAUUAUCAUAGUCCGAUGCGAAAAUGCUUCAAAAACUGCGCGAGAAGAGACAGAGAAGCAACUGCGAGCUCUCGAGACUUCUAUCCAGGAGCACAUCGAACUUACAAAGAGAAAACAAGAUGAAGCUUUGCAGCACAAGGAGGAACUUGAAAACCCUGAGUAUGAAAGUGAAGAUGAAGACCACGAUGCCCAGCGAGCUCUAGCCAUUCCUGAGAUUGAAGAGCAAUCACGCGUACUAGAAGCCGACCAAACUGCGUCCAGGGCUGUUUACCAGCUACUUUCGAAAUUGAUCAUGGCAUCGACAUCAUUCCGUGACCUAAACCAUCAUGUCCAGAUUGGAGUUCAGAUUGGUCCGAUAGAUAGUCUACGUCCAGAGCGACCGGAGACUUCAGCCAGUCCACUAUCGACUGUCCCAUUCGCGCAAGACCCGGACUUUGUCAGUCGCGAUACACUACUUGAUCGGAUUCAAGAGGAAAGCUCAGUCCCAGGGUCGAGAAUAGCGCUGGUUGGUCUCGGUGGUGUCGGGAAAACGCAACUCGCUAUCGCAUACUCCUACCAGGUCCGAUCCCAAUCACCGCAAACCUGGGUUUUCUGGAUACAUGCGAGUAAUGAAGCUCGGUUCAAGGAAAGUCUUCGGGAUAUCGCGGACCAAGUGAAAAUUCCUGGUCGCCAGGAUCCCAAAGUGAACUUGUUUGAACUCGUCGAAAGCUGGCUCCGAGAUGAGAAGAUAGGGAAAUGGGUUUGCAUCCUCGAUAAUUUGGAUGACGAUCAGCUGCUCUCCUCGUCCUCGUCUUCGGCAGCAGACAAGGGAGAUUCGACAAAAAACCCAACGAACGCCCCGAAAAAGCCACUGUUGGAAUAUAUUCCUAGAAGCCGAAAUGGAUUUGUCAUUAUCACGAGUCGCCCUCGAGAGAUCGCGUUAAGGAUGGUCAAUCAUAACGGCCUUGUUGAGGUCAAGCCUAUGGAAAGGUCCGAAGCACAAGAGCUUCUCCAAAGAAAACUUGAAAAACCAAGCCAUAGCCAAGAAAGUCAACAUUUGGUGGAAGCGCUAGAUUUCAUGCCGCUAGCGAUCGUUCAGGCCGCUAGCUAUAUUCGAAAUCGCGCGCCUCGCUAUUCAGUGUCAGAUUUUCAAAAGAGUGACCGCGAAGCGACAAGGCUUCUAAAAAAAGAGGCAGGGCAUAUUUCCCGGGACUGGGAAGCAAAGAACUCAAUUUUAUUGACUUGGCAAAUCUCAUUUGAUCAUAUACGCCAAAACAAGCCAUCUGCGGCGGAUCUGCUUUCUUUUAUGAGCUUCUUCGAUCGGCAAGGGAUACCAGAGAAUCUUAUCCAGCAUCAGCACGAGGCCAACUAUAAAUCAACCUUAGAACUCCUAAGUGACUCCAGUGACGGAGAGAUAUCUGAGUCUGAUACGGAUCCUGAUUUUGAAGAUGAUAUCGUAACACUAAGGAGCUAUUCAUUGAUAUCUAUCAAUGAGAAUAGCACUUUCUUCACGAUACAUCGGCUUGUGCAGCUCAGUAUGCGCGCGUGGUUGAAAUCUCAUGGACAAAUAGACCAAUGGAAUGUUAAAUACAUUAGUGCCCUGGAAGAGGAGUUUCUAUUCGAUGGAAAAUACGAAAAUUGGGAGAGAUGCAGACCAUUCUUUCCUCAUAUCAAAUCUGCAAUGUCACAACAGCCAUCAUUACCCAAGGCUCGGCUGCAAUGGGCUGAGUUACUUCACAGAGGUGCAUGGUAUGCCCGCGAAUGUGGUGAUUUUGCAGAUGCAAAAGAAAUGGCAUUUAAAUCAAGACACCAAAGAAUGAUUUUAUUAGGUGAUGAACACGAAGAUACUACGGAUAGCACAAGGAUGUUGGCAAGCGCAUACAGUAUUGGGGGUCAGUGGAAAGAGGCCGAGCAGCUCCAAGUGCAGGUUAUAGAGACCUAUAAGGUGAAGCUCGGCGAUGAUCAUCCCGACACGCUUUCAAGUAUAGCGAGCCUGGCGGUGAUAUACUGGAACCAGGGCCGGUGGGAGGAGGCCGAGCAGCUUAAGGUACAGGUGCUAGAAACAAGGAAGGCGAAGCUCGGUGAGGAUCAUCCCGAUACGCUUUCAAGUAUGGCGAGUCUAGGGGCGACAUACUGGAAACAGGGCCGGUGGGAGGAGGCCGAGCGGCUUGAGGUACAGGUGCUAGAAACAAGGAAGGCGAAGCUCGGCGAGGAUCAUCCUUCCACGCUGAGUAGUAUGUCUGAUCUCGCGUUGAUCUGGAAAUCUUUGGGUCGCGAUACCGAAGCUAUCAAUUUGCUUCGAAACUGCUUCUCCAAGCGAAAAGAAACAAUCGGCCUGGACCAUCCAGACACUUUGUCUAGUUCCGAAACAUUGCUGGAAUGGGAAACGGAAGGUCUAAAUAUCCCUAAAUGA